ACACUGAGGCCGCACAGCUUCUGGGCACACGCACCCCGGGUCGGCCGGCCGGCCGCCCGGCCGGCCGGCUCCCCACCGCCCUGGUGAAAUGGUUUGUCCCCAGUCGCAAGCUGUUUGGGUUGUUUGGAAAUGUCUUUUCCUUGCCUGCGCCUCACCCUGAGCACAUCCCCUUGCUUCUGGUAACAGCCUUCUAAUAAUCGCACGUUCGGCACGUCCUGUGUACCGACCACUCUGGGAAAAGGAGCAGCAGGGAGGCUAGGCUAGGAGCGGCCUAAUCCAGGCGCCAGGCGGUCUUUGGAGAAGGGCCCUGUUCUUUGGAGAAGUCUGAAGCUUGCUGGAAAUGUUUGAUGACCGUUUUCCACUAACUUUUGUCAUGCAGAGCCCAGGCUGAAAAAAGCUAGUCAUCACAUUCCAGUGUGGUCAAGGAGCGCUUUUAUUAGGACCCUUAAAAAAAAUGGAAGUGGCCCUGGUGUCCCUUAACUUCUGGGAGGCCGUGCUAGCCAGACUGCUCCCCAUCCUGCCAGAAUGUGGUUGGCUCUUCUGGGUUCACCUCUGGACUCUAUCUUCUCAGAUUUUAAAGACAACUGUGACCACUUUCAUCAUGACCCCAUGGAUGGUGAUGUUCCCAGAACUGGACAUCAGGAAAUCUUUAAGGUCUCACUCUGUCACCCAAGCUGGAAUGCAGUGGCUCAAUUGUAGUUCACUGUAGCCUCAAUCUUCCAGGCUCAAGCAACCCUCCUACCUCAGCCUCCUGAGUAGCUGGAACUACAGAGGUGGCCUAUUGUUAGUGAAAAGAGCCCACGCCUUGGAGACCCACACCGCAGGUCUACGACCCUCCGGCUCUUCAUCUGCAAUGGCGGUAAUGAUGCGCACGUCAUAAGAUUCUUCAAGGUGGGCUGGUCACGUGGCUUGUCAGGAAUCCGGAAGUCUGGCCCGCUCGCCCAAUCACGCCCGGAAGCCUAUCUAGUGGCGCCAAGCUGGCCAAUCCUGGGGACGCUUGCUCUUCGCCAAACCGGGUCCCGCCUCUGCGCGCCGCGCUGACGGGUCGUUAGCGGAUACGGCGGCCGCAGGGGCGGAGUCAAGGGCCUUUGCCCGCCUUGGCGGCCGGCUGUACGUUCCUUGUUCUCGCCUCCAGCUCCGCCAUGGCUCCUAAAGGCAGCUCCAAACAGCAGUCUGAGGAGGACCUGCUCCUGCAGGAUUUCAGCCGCAAUCUCUCGGCCAAGUCCUCCGCGCUCUUCUUCGGGAACGCGUUCAUCGUGUCUGCCAUCCCCAUCUGGUUAUACUGGCGAAUAUGGCAUAUGGAUCUUAUUCAGUCUGCUGUCUUGUAUAGUGUGAUGACCCUAGUAAGCACAUAUUUGGUAGCCUUUGCAUACAAGAAUGUGAAAUUUGUUCUCAAGCACAAAGUAGCACAGAAGAGGGAGGAUGCUGUUUCCAAAGAAGUGACUCGAAAACUUUCUGAAGCUGAUAAUAGAAAGAUGUCUCGGAAGGAGAAAGAUGAAAGAAUCUUGUGGAAGAAGAAUGAAGUUGCUGAUUAUGAAGCUACAACAUUUUCCAUCUUCUAUAACAACACUCUGUUCCUGGUCGUGGUCAUUGUUGCUUCCUUCUUCAUACUGAAGAACUUCAACCCCACAGUGAACUACAUUUUGUCCAUAAGUGCUUCAUCAGGACUCAUCGCCCUCCUGUCUACUGGCUCCAAAUAGACCAUGUCAGCUUCACCCCCUGGCUUUGUGUCUAUGGGUGGCCUGUGGUAUAUGGAAAAGUAGCAGGGUGGUCAGGGUGGGAGACAUAAGAUGUUUUUAUAGUCUAGAGCCUUUAAAAAACCCAGCAGAAUGUAAUUCAGUAUUUGUUUAUUGGCUGUUUUUGACAGAUUGUUGAAAUUAAAUGAAUUGAAAGGGAAACUCAGAGUACCAGGACGUUUAUUAAAAGGAAAAAAAUGUCUUGCAAUGUGCUGUAAUCACAAGAGGAGAAAAUAACUUGUUUCCUUGAUCUGUCAGAGGUCACAGUAACCUGGGCCGAGCUGUUAUUAUUUAUUAUAUAAUAGUAGUAGGAAGUUAAUAACUGGUUCUCUGUGUUCCAAGCACAAUAUUACAACUUCUUUUGAACCGUAAAUAUCAGAAUGAAUCCUCUUCCCAGGGGAUUGAACAGAAGCUUAAUGUUUACAAGUGUUUGAAUUUGUGAUCUGAAAUAACACAAAAUUAAAAACAUGAUUUCUCUAAUUUUCCAACUAGAGGAAGAGAAACUUGUGGAAAAGUUCUGUUUUUUUUUUUUUUUUAAAGAAGGGCAGCCAAGGUAGUAACCUAAAAAUAGUGCCCAGGCAUAUGAGAGUUGUCCUGCGAGGUUAAAGAACACACUGUUCCACUGUAUGGCUUUGGCCCUGAGUGGCCAGGGAGGUCAACUUGACCCUGCCAUGUUGGUUUGACUUACUAAGACACAGGAAUCAUUGUUUUCCUUGACCAGGGUCUCACACCCUGGAGGAAUGUUAAGUAAGAGAAGGAACCUCUUUCCUGAAUAUUGACAUGUAAAAGACCAAAGUAAUUUUUCUGAACUUCUGCAAUUCUGAGAACUCUCCAAGGAAUUUACAGUGAUUUUAGUGCUUGUCAGCAUUUUUCCAUGAGGACUUUCAUACAUUUGACUCUUUAGUUCACAGGUUCCCAUUGAUUGUGAGCAAAAUAUUUAUCUCUUUAGCCCUUGGGGAUCGAGCUGAGAGCAAUCUCUUGCAUUUUUUUACCCGUGUAUGUACAGAUAUCAUUUCUUGUGUAUGCCAUGACUUGAAAAAGUUUGGGAAGCUCUUUAGCAAUAUCAGCUAAAAGGAUAUGAAAUCACAGGUGAUAGCAGUUGUCAUUCAGUAAUUUCCUACAAGCAGCACCCCAAAGGAAAUAUAGUCCUAAUCUUUACUAUCCACUUCUAAAUUUAAUGUGAAUUUCAUACAUGUUAUUAGUUGUUUUCUUUAUAAUUUUAUAAAAAUUAUUCAUCAGGAGUUUAACUUCCACUUCCAUGCUAUCGGAUGUGUUGGGCUCCAUCCAAGAACUUGGAAGAAAAACAGGCAGGAAUGCAUUUGCAUAAUGACCCAGAUCAUCAUUUUCCACAACUGAGAAUUAUAUUUCAUCAUUGCUUCUAGAAGUCUGCAAUUCUUUACUUUUCUUUGGUGCAUUAUUAUCUAGGUGCCAUUACUGGAUAAUGUGGAGUGACUAGAGAAGUCACAUAUCACUGCAAGGUACAAUUAGGGUAACACUUUAGAGGUUUAUUAUUUUUAAAAAACUUUUCUUGAACUCCUGGCCAACAUGGUGAAACCCCGUCUCUACUAAAAAUACCAAAAUUAGCCGGGCGUGGUGGUGGGCGCCUGUAAUCUCAGCUACUUGGGAGGCUGAAGCAGGAGAACUGCCUGAACCCAGGAGGCAGAGGUUGCAGUGAGUCGAGAUCGUGCUACUGCCUGGGUGGCAAGGGUGAGACUCCAUCUCAAAAAAGAAACAAAAAAACCCAAAAAGUUUUCUUUACUGUUGGUUAAAAAAAAAAAGCCAGACCAUAGUUUGACUGGUGGCAUGGAAUUUGUGUAUCAAAUAAAUGCAUUUGCUUUUUUGACAACCCA